GCUGGACUUUGACCAAUGAAUGAAGACGCCGUUGAGGAAGAGCGGACAGGUAACAGUGUAUUUCUGCGGACGUCGCGUGCGCUCGGUCCAGCUGCUCGUGACGUGACGUCACAUCAUUACCGGAAGUUCUCCCGCGCUCCUCCUCCGGUCGUUCACUCUCUGGCGAAGAUGGCGGACGGCGAAAAUAAACGGGCCGAAGCCGCCGACGCCGCCGAGCCGCUUCCGAAGAGACCGAGAGUCCUGGAUCCGCGCGGUGACCCGGAGCACGACGCAGCCGGCGGAACCGAGCCGGUGGAGGCGGAACUGGCGCUGAUGGACGAGUCCCAUCAUCAGGCCUCACUGAACAACAACAACAACCUCACCGAACCAGAACCAGAACCCGAGCCCGAGCCCGAGCUCUCCGACCUAAUUGACGAAGGAGUCCAUCCCAAUGGCUUCACAUCUCCUGAUCUUCUUCACGAUGAUGAUGACUGCUCGUCUCACGCCAGCUCCAGUGACUGGACGCCUCAACCACAGAUCGGCUCGUAUCGGUUCAUUCAGCAGCACAUCAUGAGAGGAACCGACCCGAGGGCCAUUUUGAAAGACCUGCUUCCCGAAACGGUCCUUCCUCCGGAUCUCGACGACAUGACGCUGUGGCAGAUCAUCAUCAACAUCUCAGAACCGCCCAAAAGAAAGAAACGCAAAGACAUCAACACAUUAGAGGACGUCGUCCGGCUCCUGAACGAGAGGAAGAAGAUACUAGUGCUCACAGGCGCUGGGGUGUCUGUUUCUUGUGGGAUUCCUGACUUUCGGUCGAGAGACGGCAUAUACGCUCGACUCGCUGUGGACUUUCCUGACCUUCCUGAUCCUCAAGCCAUGUUUGACAUAGACUACUUUAGAAGAGAUCCAAGGCCUUUUUUCAAAUUUGCCAAGGAAAUCUACCCAGGACAGUUCCAGCCGUCUCCGUGUCACAGGUUCAUAUCAAUGCUGGAUAAGAAGGGAAGGUUACUGAGGAACUACACUCAGAAUAUCGACACACUGGAGCAGGUGGCUGGAAUCCAGAAGAUCAUUCAGUGUCAUGGUUCCUUUGCGACUGCUUCCUGUCUUGUCUGUAAACAUAAGGUUGACUGUGAAGCCAUAAGGGAGGAUAUAUUCAACCAGGUUGUUCCUCACUGUCCGAGGUGUCCGUCAGAUGUCCCGUAUGCUAUCAUGAAACCAGACAUUGUCUUCUUUGGCGAGAACCUUCCAGAAUUUUUCCACAGAGCCAUGAAGCAGGAUAAAGAUGAGGUGGAUCUUCUCAUCGUCAUCGGCUCCUCACUGAAAGUUCGGCCAGUGGCUCUCAUACCCAGCUCCAUACCUCAUGACGUGCCUCAAGUCCUGAUCAACCGCGAGCCGCUGCCGCACCUGAACUUCGACGUGGAGCUGCUCGGAGACUGUGACGUCAUCGUGAACGAACUCUGCCAUCGUCUGGGUGGCGACUUCGAGCAGCUGUGCUUCAGCUCGUCCCGUCUCAGCGAGAUCACGGAGAAACCGUCUGCUCAGAGCCCGUCCACAGACGCUCAGGGGCCCGUCACAGGAGCGUCAGAGGACGCCCCAAUCACUGAAUGUCAGAAUUCACUGUCUCCUAAGGAGGAGGAACCGCAAACAGCAUCUUCCCCAGCAGCCAGAAGAACAAGCCCUCAUCCAGAGCUGUUACCGGAAACUAACGCAGACCAGUUAGACUCCAACCCGAAAGAACAUUCUCCACAGACAGCGAGCCCCUGUCCGGAGAGGAGAGCAGCACUGGACACUACUGAUGACCUGAAGGAGGAAGAAACAGCAGAUCGCCAACAUGUUGAAUUGCGGAGACGAUGCUGGAGAAGCCGAAUCUGUCAGAGUCCAAUCAGCAAACGACUCGGAGCCUCGCAGUAUUUAUUUCAAGCACCGAACCGCUACAUUUUCCACGGCGCCGAGGUUUACUCGAGUUCAGAGGACGAGUCGUCCAGUUCCUGCGGCAGCGACAGUGACGGCUCUCGCUACAGCGCGGACGCUUUGGAAAAUGAAGACAGCGACGUGGAGGAAGACGAAGCACCGGUGACGGACAAAAACACAGACAGCCUCGCAGAGACAGUACAGGACAGUGAACACAAACGCCUUCAAACAGACUGCACAGCAGAAACAGACCUACAAACCACACAAUAACUCACUAGCACUAGCUGCAUUCAAUGUGCUCAAGUCUGUUUUAUAUAUUUUUGUAUUUCCUCCCUCCCUGUUAUGUCUUCUAAUGCAUGCGACUUCUUUCUUUUGUUCGGCUUAUAAACCUUUCUUUUGGUUUACCACCAGUCUUUUUGUAUUUUUGCAUUUUGUAAAAUAUACGUUUAAUUCUGGUGAAUGUUUCUGCCUGAGAAUUGAACUUGCCAUGUAAUCGCUUGGGAUAAAAAAGGGAAUGAUUUUCAAACCAAAGAUCACUUUUUCUGUAUCGUUUUCAUAUUUUUCAUAUUUUCUCGUUGGAUCUGUUCAGUGUGUCCAGCAUGUGCACCAAACUGUGGCAUUUUCAGACAUUUGGCAGCUCCGGUCAGCCUACUGUUGAAGUCUUUUAUACCCAGUAAAGUUUGAUAGUCGUCAAACGGAUGUUUUCCAUUAGUUUUCAGUUUUUAAACCUAUAGAAAGACAUUAUUUACAUGCAUUCACACUCAAAGUCCUCAAGCACUUAGUAAGUUCUGAAUCAGUUUUUGGUUAAUAUGGCUGUCGAUGUUGGUUGGUUUCUUAAAUGCGGUGUCUUUUCCUGCUCUCGUUAACCUGGCAUUAAAAUCUUUAUAACACUGUUAAGUUAUAAGAGCAACACGAUUUCAUGAUUCCCUCGUGCAGUUGAUGCAGUUUUGGUUGUUUAUUCAUAAUCUCAUUUCUUUAAUGUUCAAAAAUAAGAAUUUUCAUGUCAGAUUUUGUGUUUACGUUAAUGCAGAUUGGCGAUGCUGCAAAAGAGUAAAUGAAUACUUUUGUCACCAAAUACAGACUUCACCAAUGUA